AUGCGAUAUGCACAUAAAUUCAAUAGAAGUAGAGACUGCUACAAUUUGGGUCCUAAGUGGAAGGAGGAAUUGAAUUGUCACACAGAAACAUAUUUUGGUAAAUGGAUGUUUCAUUACAUAGAGGUGCACAAAAUUCCAGGUAUUUUGGGGGGCAAGGGGUUAAUGACCACCCCAAGGAUUGAAGCUGCCAUUCCAUUUCAUACAGGCCAGGAAAGAGAAAAUGAAAAGCUAAUUAUGGUACUAGACUGUGCUGCUCCCUUGAGAAGCAUUGGAGCACUCCUCACCUCAGCCCUUUAUUUUAUCCCUCUUGUGGGCUAA